AUCGGUCCGUUUCACCAAGAGUUGUCGAUAUCGACGAAGGAGCAGUCGCCAAGAAUGCCGCAUCGAGAGAAGAGUCCACUGCUGCACAGGCGCGUGGAUAUGAGCAAAGGCAUGGAAAGUCUGGACAACGCACCUCCCAAACCCAUCGCGCGCGUCGUCGGACGAGGGGAACCCGUGGUCGGUGAGAGCGGCAAGUUGCUCCUGGAUGUCCCGGUCGGAUCGUACAACAUCAGGCGGUCAGGCGGAAACUGGCGCAAGAUCUAUUGGGACGACCUCUUCCACACCAUCAUCAACACCCGCACGAGCCGCGUCAUUAUUGGUGUCUUCGCCGCGUAUUCGCUCGUGAUCUUCCUCUUUGCGCUGUGCUACCGCUACGUGUCUGUGAACGACCCCACGUGCAACGUCGGCAUCACGACCAUCAUGGAAGCGUACAUCUUCUCCGUCGAGACCAUUAUGACGAUUGGGUAUGGCGCGCCCUCGAACGAUAUCUUCUACGGCGGAUGUGGGUCCAUGGCGGUGAUCCUCACCCUUGAAUCCUUCUCCGGCAUCUUCCUCGACGCCGUGUGCAUUGGCAUGUUCUUCGUGCGCUUCUCCCGCGCUACCACACGAGCAUGUUCGAUCAUCUUUACGAACUUCGCAGUGAUCCGAAGGAUUCGAGGCGACUACUACUUUAUGUUCCAAGUAUGCGAGCGGAGAAAGCAUCAGUUGGCGGAAGCGCAUGUGCGAUGCUACGCCGUGCGCCAUGAAGUCAGCGGCGAGGACGGGUGCACGGAAGAAGCGCUCUUCCAGACCCACCACAUGCGAAUCCAGCAACCAGACGACGACAUCGGCGCGUUCCUUCUCAUGGCGCUUCCCCAAGUUGUGGUCCAUAGAAUUGACCCGUGGAGCCCAUUCUUCCCUCGGGAAUGCCUUCCCGACGAGUACCAUGCCACGACGUGUCCUGCGUUCCCAGGUAAUAACGUGUCCACGUAUGUCGUAGUGCGUCCUGAUGACGGCGCUUGUUCACCACAGAUCCAUCGCAACGAGCAAUCGAUCACGAGAAUGGGAACCGGGAUUACCACGCGGACGCUGUGGAGCCAACCAAACCGACGCAAGCGCAAAUUGAGCGUCAUCUACGUCGAUCAGAACUGGAAGUUGUCGUUAUCCUUGAAGGAACCGACAGCACCACUGGCAACACCAUGCAGGCACGCUUCUCCUAUACAGCACACGACAUGUCAUGGAACCAUACGUUUGCCCGCUGCGUGAGUCGAGACCCCGUGACGAACGGCGCACACAUCGACUUCGACAAGUUCCACGACCUCCGCGCCGCCCCCGCGGACUCGAUGAACGAUGUGCCUGUGAGUGUAUUUUGACCAAGUUGUCAGGAAAUAGUGUGAUUUCUAAUUAAAAUUGUCGUCACCA